AUGGACGACUUCCUGCGAUCCGUCUGGCUCGCCGAGGAGUCGCAGAUGCUCGCCGCCACGCACGCUGCGGGCAGCGCGGAUCCGCGCGCGCGCGACAAGGCUGCGGGGCUGCUGCGCGCGCGCUCGCUACGGCGGCAGAAGUCCAGUGCGGCGAUCACUCGGGUCGCUGGGAGCGCAGGGAGCGUAGGGAGGGGGUUCACUGGGGUCGCUGGGAGGGCUGGGAGGAGCAAUGGGAGCGAUGGGGGCGCUGGGAGGGGGUUCACUGGGGUCACUGGGAGCGAUAGGGUCGCUGGGACCCGCCCCUCCUGGUGGGAUUGCCAUGGGGAAGGGGCAUGGGCGGAGGUGUGGGCGCAGGUGUGGGUGCAGGUGUGGGCGCAGGUGUGGGCGCAGGUGUGGGCACAGGUGUGGGCGCAGGGGGGCUGGGGAGAGUUUACUGGGGCGGGCAUGGUGGCGGCGGAUGGGGUUGGGGGGGCGGGGGAGAGAGGUGGGGGGACUGUGACGGCGGAGGGGGAGAAGGGCAGUCAGAUACGGGCGGGAGGAGUGGGGAUGGGGACACACUCUGAGCAGGGGCGGAGGGGGAGGAAGUGCAGUGGGGAGGGGGGAGGGGCGCCGGUGGAGAGGAGGCAGAAGAGGAUCAAGAAUAGGGAGUCGGCCGCUCGGUCCCCUGCGAGGAAGCAGAGUUGGCGCCCUCCCCCUCCCCAUCAGCCCCUUCCUCUGGCACCACAUGACAUCCCCCCUUCCCCCCCUUCAGGCGUACACAGUGGAGCUGGAGGCGGAGGUGGCGCAGCUGAAGGAGGAGAACGAACAGCUGCGCGCCCCCACCCCACCAGGCGUACACGCGCACCCCAUCCCCCCCCUGGUGCUCUCCCCCACCCCCUCGCCCCCCCCACCCCCCUCCUCUUUCAGGCGUACACAGUGGAGCUGGAGGCGGAGGUGGCGCAGCUGAAGGAAAAGAACGAGCAGCUGCGCGCCCAGCCCUUCCCCUCUCCUCUCCCCACCCCCUCAGGCGCGUACACAGUAGAGUUAGAGGCGGAGGUGGCACAGUUGAAGGAAGAAAACGAACAGCUGCGCUCCCAGCUGCUGCAGCUGCAGUCCCACACCCAUGCGCACCCCAGCAUGCCAGCAGCCAUGCCUACUUCUCUAUCUGCAGCAGCACAAAUAGCAGUGCCAGCAACGGCAGCAGCAGCAGCAGCGGCGGCAGCAGCGGCGGCAGCAGCGGCGGCAGCAGGCACGCCACUCAGUCUCCUACCACCAGCAGCAGCCGGACCGUCCAAUCUCCCGGCAAACCCCCUCUCAACCGCUUCACACCUGCACACAACAUCUCACCCUCACACUCCUUUGCCGGGUGCAGCAGCAGCAGCAGCGGGUGGGAAGGGUGGUGCUGGCAGCAAGGCACUGCAACGGUCCAGGGCUGGCCUCCAUGUACCUCUCCCACCCCACCGCAGUCGCCUGCCCUUUCCACCACACCGCACGCACCCGCCCUUCCCCCCACACCGCAUUCACCUGCAGAACUUCUUUGAUACUGAUAGUUUCCCCGACCCCGUCUCGCCGCACAUAGCACUGCUGCUCCCCGCGGCCUCCAUCCCUGCGCCCUCCCUCGCCACCACUGGCAGCUGCUGUGCUUGCUUGCCCUCGCCACCACUGGCAGCCCUGCCUGCUGUGCUUCUAUCUCCGCGCAACGCUGCACCCAGAGUUUGCCCCGUCUCGCCGCCUCCCCUCUCAGUUCCGCCUCUCUGCCACUUCCUUUCUCUGCAGAGCCUGCAGGCUUUCGCAGCAGCAGCGCCUGCGGGGGCGGAUUGGGUAGCCAGGAAGGGGGAGGAGGGGUAA